CACUUUCAACAUGGAGAGUGGAGCAGGAAAGCACUGGACUGAAGAAGAGGUUAAAGCUUUGCUAAGUGUCUGGGCAGAAAAAAAUAUACGAAAACAACUUUAUGGAACCCUGAGAAAUAAAGGAAUAUUUAUUUACAUUGCUAAAAGGCUGCAAGCACUAGGAGUAUACAGAGAUUGGAAACAGUGCCGGGCAAAGUACAAAAAUCUCAAAUAUGAAUACAGAACAGUUAAAUAUGCCCAUAACUCUGGAGACAGCUCUAAAACUAUGAAGUUCUUCCAUGAUCUGGAUGCGAUCCUGCAGUAUGAACCUGCCACACAAUUAACAGAGGAAGAUGCAAAUGACAGGUGCCUGGCAACGCUGAGCCAAAGUGCAGCUCCAGGGACCACUGAAGGCAACAUGUCAGUUACAUUAGAAGAUAAAGAAGACCUCUCAGGAAAUCCUUUACUUUUGGUUUCUCGUAUCAGACCAAUGGAACUAGGUAAAUCGACAUCAUUUAUGGAACCCUGUAUUAAUUCACCUUUUAUUCCAACUAUAGCAAAUGAAGGAGGAAAACACUGGACUGUACCAGAAGUCAGGGCUUUAAUUGGCAUCUGGUCUGAUAUAAGUAUACAACAACAACUAGAAGGGACAGUGAGAAAUAAAAGGAUAUUUGAACAAAUUGCUGCCAAGCUUCAGAAAUUUGGAAUAGAAAGAGACUGGAAACAGUGCAGAACAAAGUAUAAAAACUUAAAACAUGAAUAUAAGAUUGUAAAAAUGGCUCAAGACCAAGGCAUAACUAAGAGUAUGAAAUUUUUUACUGAGUUGGAUGCUAUUUUGGGACACAAUAAAACAGAGAAAUCACAACAACAGGAAUUCCAAGAUGAAAAACAAGCCAACGGAUGUGCCAAUGUAAAAACAGAAGAGGAUCGGACAGUCAUUGCUGGAGAUGCAGCUGAAGAUGACUUUGUUGGUCAUAUGUCAGAAGACCUAAGAGAGGGAGAUGUAAAACAAAGUCCUGCUACAGAGGAAGAUACCAUAAGUACAGUCUCAGAAGAGGUGGGCGGCCCCAAAGCACCACAAAGUACCACUGUGUCAGAAUUAUUUGAAGGUCAUACCAAAAACCCAAGAACUUUGAGCGUCAAAAGAAAAGCACAUGAAGAUGGACCAGUGUCUGUAUCUCUUAAGAAAACUGCUCCUGAGAUCACUGCAAAUGGGUUUCCUCAAUGCAUAACAGAAUGGAAAGAUUCUACAGAAUGUUUCUACAGACAGGAAACCCCAUACGCGAUCCAAUUUCAUCAGAGUCUUUCCUCUCUUCCCGGCGCGGCCGCUGCCCCCAGCCCACGCAGAAUAAUGGCGACAGCUGAGGUACUGAAUAUUGGUAAGAAACUCUAUGAGGGUAAAACAAAAGAAGUCUAUGAAUUGCCAGAUAGUCCAGGAAAAGUCCUCCUGCAGUCCAAGGACCAGAUAACAGCAGGAAAUGCAGCCAGAAAGAAUCACCUGGAAGGAAAAGCUGCAAUCUCAAAUAAAACUACCAGUUGUAUUUUUCAGUUGUUAAAGGAAGCAGGUAUCAAAACUGCUUUCACCAGAAAAUGUGGGGAGACAGCUUUCAUUGCACCUAAGUGUGAAAUGAUUCCAAUUGAAUGGGUCUGUAGAAGAAUAGCAACUGGUUCUUUUCUCAAAAGAAAUCCUGGUGUCAAGGAGGGAUAUAAGUUUUACCCACCUAAAGUGGAGCUGUUUUUCAAGGAUGAUGCCAACAAUGAUCCACAGUGGUCUGAGGAACAGCUAAUUGCUGCAAAAUUUUGCUUUGCUGGACUUGUUAUAGGCCAGACUGAAGUGGAUAUCAUGAGUCAUGCUACACAGGCUAUUUUUGAAAUAUUGGAGAAAUCCUGGUUGCCGCAGAACUGUACAUUGGUUGAUAUGAAGAUUGAAUUUGGUGUUGAUAUAACCACCAAAGAGAUUGUUCUUGCUGAUGUUAUUGAUAAUGAUUCCUGGAGACUCUGGCCAUCAGGAGAUCGAAGCCAACAGAAAGAUAAACAGUCAUAUCGUGACCUAAAGGAAGUAACUCCCGAAGGGCUCCAGAUGGUGAAGAAAAAUUUUGAGUGGGUUGCAGAAAGAGUGGAGUUGCUUCUGAAAUCAGAAAGUCAGUGCAGAGUUGUAGUAUUGAUGGGCUCAACUUCUGAUCUCAGUCACUGUGAAAAAAUAAAGAAGGCUUGUGGAAAUUUUGGCAUUCCAUGUGAACUUCGGGUAACAUCUGCCCAUAAAGGGCCAGAUGAAACUCUGAGGAUUAAAGCAGAAUAUGAAGGGGAUGGCAUUCCUACUGUAUUUGUGGCAGUGGCAGGCAGAAGCAAUGGUUUAGGACCAGUGAUGUCUGGUAACACCGCAUACCCAGUUGUCAGCUGCCCUCCACUCACUCCAGACUGGGGAGCUCAGGAUGUGUGGUCUUCUCUUCGACUACCCAGUGGUCUUGGCUGUUCAACCAUACUUUCUCCAGAAGGAUCAGCUCAGUUUGCUGCUCAGAUAUUUGGAUUAAACAACCAUUUGGUAUGGGCUAAACUGCGAGCAAGUAUAUUGAACACAUGGAUUUCCUUGAAGCAGGCUGACAAGAAAAUCCGAGAGGGCAAUUUGUAAAACAUCAUUGCUUUUUUUUUUUUUUUAAAGAAAAACUUUACAUUUCUUGUUUAGUUUCAGAAAAAGAUCAAGGUGAAGGUUUUUAAAUCAAAACAAUAAAAUUUACUAGUGAAUAA